CUUAUGUGAAGUGUGAUUUUCUUAAUGUGACCUGCUUUUCUGAAUUUGCCUACAGAAGGUCGAAAAGAUCAUGAGGAGGACCGGCAAUACGGAGACAGCCAAAAUAAACUUCUUAUGAGUCAAGCGGCCCACGACCUGGGCUGCCGGCUGAAGACGGAAGAAACUGACCAAGAUGAGGAUGAAGACGUUCACGUCGCAGAGGCUGAGCGAGUAGAGGAGUCACGUGCCCCCAGGCUCAUCGGGGAGGUGCCGAAGGUGGAUGUCAAGAGAGUCCUUGAAGACUCACCGGAGGAAUGUGUCAUCACUCGUUCCAAUAGCUACGGCCCUUCUGACUCCAGCCAGCCUCACGGAGACACCAAUGAAAUCCCAUUUGAGGAAGACAACCUCAACUCUGCACUGGUUGUCGAGAGUCCAUCAUCUCAUGAUGUAGUGGAGGAUGCUCUAAUCAUUCUUUCAGGUGACCCCUGCAUUCCUUGUUUUUGGUACCUAAGACUAGGCUGAGGGAGAUCAACUCUGAAGACAGGCUCUAUACACACAAAUCGGUUUGAAUAAAAAUGUAUGAUGGGAUACUAAACGCAGAUAUCAGGGAAUUUUUAUCCCUUCCUCAGCUCAUGCCACGCGUUUGUCUCCCAGGCCCAAGUAUCAAGUUACCAGACCCCAGGCCGGUGUGACAAACUCAUGGUCACCUGAGUGCAGGAGGUGUACAGUAGGUGUCUGUCAGGUCUCCUAGCUUUGAGUCGGUAUCUCUCAUCUCCUGUCAUUAUGUCAUCUGUCCCUGAACGAUGUUCAUGGAGUUUCCGUUUCUUUUUAAGG